CUCACGGCCGCUACACGCGCGCGGACAAGUUUUAAGGAGUGUAUUGUAUAGCCAGAAGAAUGGCUGCUGAUACAUCUGUUGAAAGACUUUCAAAAGUUCUGGAAAAUCAAAUGCUUCAGACUACUCAAGUAGUGGAAGAACAGCUGGAUGCUGAGAUCCAGAAAUUGGACCAAAUGGAUGAAGAUGAAUUAGAACGCCUUAAAGAAAGGAGGCUUGAAGCCCUAAAGAAAUCCCAGCAACAGAAACAGGAUUGGCUUUCAAAAGGACAUGGAGAAUACAGAGAAAUCCCAAGUGAGAGAGACUUUUUCCGAGAAGUCAAAGAGAGUCAAAAUGUGGUUUGCCAUUUCUAUAAAGAUACAUCCUUCAGAUGUGUGGUAUUAGAUAAGCAUUUGGCAACAUUAGCAAAAAAACACAUUGAAACAAAAUUCCUGAAAUUAAAUGCUGAAAAAUCUCCAUUCCUGUGUGAGAGAUUGCACAUCAAAGUAAUUCCCACUCUAGCAUUAGUAAAAGAUGGAAAAACACAAGAUUUUAUUGUUGGCUUUACUGAUCUUGGUAAUACGGAUGACUUUACCACAGAAACCUUAGAAUGGAGAUUAGGCUGUUCGGCCAUAAUUAAUUACAGUGGAAACUUGAUGGACCCACCUUUUCAGAGCCAAAAGAAAUUUGGAACCAGUGUCACAAAGCUGGAUAAGAAAACCAUCAGAGGAAAGAAAUACGAUUCAGAUUCUGAUGAUGACUAAACACUCAGCUAGAAAUCUUUGUAUAUCAUUCUUUGUUUAAACUGGAUACAUUUCUAGGAAUGUUUUUCUAGUCUAUUGAUUUCAGUAUGUUUGCACAUAAUACUCCAUUUUUCUGUACAAUUUAUAAACAAAAUCACAUUUUGAAGACAUUCCAAAUAUUUGUUUAUUUUUAAAUGUCAUUUAUAGGUUGAAAAUCUGAGCCCCUUUGAACCAGGUAUCAUCUGAGAACUGACUAUAUACAUUUAAUUCGUUUCAAAACAUUUCAGUAAUCUGUACUUCAGUGGUAUAUGUUUUAUACCAUUUAUCAUAUUUUCAAUAAAGGAAACUUUAAAGGGUCAAGAAUUGCAAAGAACUUGAUGGUGCAAUGUAUCUUACAGCAUUGCUUGCCUUAUAGUGCCAUAGUGUAGCAUUGACUAAUUUAACUACAUUGGACUAGGAACUGUAAAAACAAUUUUAGCUUUUGUUAUUUUUCGAUUAGACCCUCAAAAGAAAUUCCCAUUUACCAAGAAUGUACACUGCGUGUUGCAGCUUGCACCAGCAGGUAAUAGUACACAACAAGUGUACAGAAAACACCUUGCCUGCAGAGUUAUCUGAUAUGAAAAUUCUGCGAUUGUGAAUUUUAGAUGAUUGUAUAAGAGAUUAGGCAGAAUAAGAACAGCAAGAGAGACAAUGUUUGUUAGUUUGUUUUUAAAUUUGAUGCAGUACAGUUUAUUGCUCUGUUGCGCUUUAGUAACCAAUAAGAGAUCUUCAAAUAAUUGUAGCUGAGUUACAGAUAAAACAAGGGAAACUGCAGAAAAAUAAUUAAUAGAAUUUUCAUAAUAGCAGUAAUUUGGAAAAGGUGCAGUAGACCUGUUUCUUGGCGUGAUAUAAAUAGUCAACUACUAUGCUUUGCCUGUGGAGUUUUUUUAUAACCAGACAACUUUAUGCAACUAUAUUACAUUCAUUUUAAAAAAGUGAUGAGUACAAUAUAAAAUUAAGAAAACAAUGUCUAAUACAACUACUAUAGAAAUCAAGGCAAGUCAUUUUAGCCUUUUACAUUUUGUAGGCAUUAAAUGUUAGUGCAGUACACCCUGCUACAGUGGUCUCCUUCAUGGCCUCUCCUAGCUUUGUGAAAACUUGUCCAUACUGAGAUACUAUUUGCUUAGCAUCCACAGAAUUAGGCAAGAUCAAUAGUGAUUGUUUUGUUGUCUCUGAAGAUCAUUGAAGUACGAAUGGAAGAAAAAGUGUGUUGCAAACCUCAAAAUGUAUGCAAAAUUGUGGACUGUGCAAAGUAAGCUAAUUUAAAACAAAAUUGCAAUGGAAGCCUAAUAUUUAAAAGUUGCAAUUUCCACAAUAUCGCAAGCGAAGUAGGAUUUUAGUAAUAGAAGUAUCUUUUUUCAGAAGAAGUCUCUCUCUGUGAAGCUCUGAGGCCAGCAUGCAGUUCAAUUUGCCUAGCUGAGGAAAGGAUGAGUUUUUUCCUUCAGUGUUCAUAAACACUAGUUCUUAAUUUCCUCUUGGGAAAUAAGCAUCGUUGGCAAUUCCAGCUUCUUUUGGCCCAUCAAGCAAGAUGAAGACUGAAAAUCUAAUCAGUCUCACUGCUUAGUAGUGAAGAAUACUUACCAAUGGGCCAGCCCACCAAUAUAUUUCUCUUAAGUCUGUAAAACGUAAUUAUAUUUUGUUUCAAUUCAUGUACAUUGAAAUAAAGUUAUUUGAAAUCAGAUA